UCGAGCGUCGGCGGCUCGAGCCCGCGCCGCGGUCACGGUCCAUCAGACCGCGCGGCAAUGGCGGAGGACGGCCGUGGUCGCUCGAGCCCGCGCCGCGGUCACGGUCCAUCAGACCGCGCGGCAAUGGCGGAGGACGGCCGAGCGAGCGGCAGUGACCGUCGGCACCACCGGCGCAAGCGGCGCUCGACCGAGGACAGGGAGCCGGAGAGGAAGAAGAAGCGGCUGCACCAAGAAGUGAAGAAAAUCAAACAUGUCGAAACCUUUUACGAGAAACCACCACCAGGAAUGAUAAAGGAACAUGAUGACAAGCCAGAAGAUUGUAUUCCAGAUCUGCCAGGCAAUGAAGAAGCUCGAGAUUUCUUGGCACAUGCUCCAACCAAAGGACUUUGGAUGCCAUUGGGAAAAGAAGUAAAAGUCAUGCAGUGUUGGAGAUGCAAAAAUUUUGGACACAGAACUGGGGAUAGAGAAUGCCCUUACUUCAUUAGUGGAAAUCAGAAAUUGGAACAGUUCAGAGUAGCACAUGAGGAUCCCAUGUACGAUGUAAUCAGAGCAAACAAACGUCAUGAAAAGGAAUCAAGGAUACAGCAGCUGAAACAGAUGUUAGAAGAUACUACUUCAGACAGUCAGAGUUGCAGUUCCUCAGAUUCCAGUGAAAGGCACAAGAAGAAGAAAAAGAGAAAAGAGAAGAAAAGAAGGAAAAAGAAGAAAAAAAAGAAACACAAAGCUAAAAAAUCAAGUGACAGUUCAGAAUAAGGCAAAAAGACUUGAAUGUUACGUAUGUGAUUUGUUCCCCCCCCCCCAGUGAGAAAAGGACUUCUAUCUUACUUACAAUAUUUUGAGCAAUAUUAUAAAUAUCACAUUUUCAACAAGACUUGGAAGAAAUUGCAAAUCAACAAACUAUGGCUUGUUAUUUACAGGCCAUAUUUUACCUUCUGAUCCUUAACCUGGUGUAGACAGAUUAAGUACCAGACUGUGAGAAUAUUUCUAUUUUCAUAGAUUAGGUGGAGAAGGACAGUACUUGAUUCAUGUACUAAAGAAAUGCAAAUGUAUGUUGUUUCAGUGGAAAUAAAAACAACUUCCCCACA